AUGGGUAGAGGAAUGGAUGGAGCAGAAAUGGGGCCUGUUUUCAUGCGUAGUAUGGGUGGGAUGAGUGGAUUGAGUGGGACGAGUGGUCUUGGUUUGCCUGGUUUGCUUGAAGCUUCAAGCGUAGGAUCAGGAUUUGCUAUGAUGGGCCACGGCCUUGGCAUGGGAGGAAUGGGUUCUGGCCACUCGGGCAUGAUGGGUCUUGGCGGAGGUAUGGGUGGACUUUUCGGUGGUGGGGGUGGUGGUGGGUUUCCUGCUUUGGGUGGUCAGGGCUGUGCCAAAAAGGGCUCAUCCAGUAAAUCGAGUGACUCGAGCUCCUUCGAAAAGUCCUCCGACUCUUCUACCAACUCUGCUACGGACACCAGUACCAAUGAUUACUCCGGCUGGCCAAAAUCUUCCUCUGGCUCAGCAGAAGAUACGACUGCAGAAAGCAAGGCGACAUCCUCUAGUUCGGAUUCCAAACCCGCCGACAGUCCACCAGAUGCAUCCAAGGCGGACGCCGACGCCGACGCGGAGGCGGACGCGGCCUCCAAAGCAGAUGCAGGCGGAGGAGCGACAGCAGAUGCAAGUGCGAAUGCAGACGCCAGUAGCAGCAAGACUGAAAGUUCCUCGGGCGGGCCAAAAUCUACCUCUGCUGAAGAAGCUCACGCGACUGCAGAAAGCAAGGCAACAUCCUCUAGUUCGGAUUCAAAACCCACCGACAGUCCACCAGAUGCAUCCAAGGCGGACGCGGACGCGGCCGCUAAAGCAGAUGCAGGCGGGGGAGUGACAGCAGACGCAAGUGCGCAUGCAGACGCCAGUACCAGCAAACCUGAAAGUCAAGACGACAAGUCAAAGGCUGCACAAUCAGCAAAUAAGUCCGAAACUUCCGGAGGCUCGAGUGCUAGCGGCAGUUCUAGUGGAGGUGGAAAAAUCUCUGUUUCGACUUCAAGUCCCUCUGGCCAAGAUCAAAAAACAAAGACUGUUGCACCUGGACAAAGUGGUAGUCUCUCGUCAUCUUCUCCUGGUCGAAGAAGUCUCGCAUCCAUCCGACGAAGGCAAAUCGCGACGCGUGAUCAAUCGGGCUGGCCAAAAUCUACCUCUGCUGAAUACUCAACUGGAGAAAGUAACCCCGCAGCUAAAGCAUCGACUUUGACUUCGAAACCCACCGACAAAAAACCUGUCAAUACCGCGCCCACCAAUUCCGGAGGCGCAAGUCACCAUGGUAGUCCGAGUCGAGCCUGGUGGUGA